AUGGCUUCAAUUGCCAAGUAUGAAAUCUUUUCUUUUAUUAUUGCUGCAUUAUUUUUCAUCACCGGACUUGGUAUGUGGAUUGCGUUUUGGCCAAUAUUCAAUUCAGAGUUAGAAGCGAACUAUAAACUACAAGGUAACAUAGAUGGAUCGUUGAAGUAUGCCGCAUUUUUAUAUGCAAAUCCGCCAAUGAAGAAUGUUAUGAAGUUCAACUUAUUCAACGUGACUAAUCCUGAUGAAGUGAAAUAUUAUGGUGCGAAACCGGAACUGAUUGAAGUUGGAGGAUACGGAUUUUUAGAAUCUGAGCAGAAAAAGUAUUAUGAAUUCAGUAGUGACAAAACCCAAAUGUUUUAUCAAAACUACAAACAAUACCAUUAUAGUCCGGAAGACACAUCAGAAGGUUUCAGUUAUGAUGAUUAUGUCUUGUUUCCCAAUUCGAUAUCAGCGGGCGCUGUUGCAACAAUAUUUGGACCAACUUCCGAGUUCAGUAAAACAGCACAAUCUAUUGUUUCAAUUGGAUUGAUUGUACUAGGAGAAUACCCAUUUAUAUCGAAGAAAGUGAAAGAUGUAUUGUUUGAAGGAUACGAGGACCCACUGUUAAACGUCGCGCACUCUCAGAUUCCAGAUUCCGGGAGUUUAUCCAAACUUCAUCUUACAAAGUCUGAUGAACUUCCAUUCUUUUUAUCCUUCAUGUGUCGAUCUUUCAAGAAAACGUACUGGCAGAGUGGAAUGGUGGACGGCAUUAAAACAAUGGCAUUUGCAGUUCCCGAAGAAGAAUUCGACACGACCUUGGAACAAAAUGCAGGAUUUCGUUAUAAAAAUACGGAAAACGUUGAUUAUUUUCCAGAAUGGUGUAGCGAUAAAUCAUCGAAUUCGUCGUCGAACUGCCAAAAAACGGCAAACGGCACUUAUCUUCUGCCGCCUGGCCUAUUCCCGCUGGUUUGUUAUCCGGGUCAUAAUGCGCAGCCGCCAUUCACGGUUAUCGUCUCCCCACCUCAUUUUUUGUACUCACCUCCGGAAGUACAACAUCGGCUUUCCGGAAUGAGCCCGAACCCACAGACACAUAAACCAAUGGUUUUCCACCAAGAAAAAACAUCUGGCACUGCUCUACAAGUAGAUGUGAGGUUCCAAGUAAACCUACCAGUUGUGAACAACAAGAGAUCAAUGUAA